AUGGAGAGCUGCGUUUAUGAGCCCUACUUCGAUCCCGAUUUCGAGUCACUCAUCGAAAGAAUACAUCCCCCAAGGGUUUGUAUCGACAACGACACACGUCAAGACUGCACCCUUGUGAAGGUUGAUAGUGCAAACAAGCACGGGAUUCUACUGGAAAUGGUACAAGUGCUGACGGACCUCGACCUUGUUAUCUCCAAGUCUUAUAUCUCUUCCGACGGUGGCUGGUUCAUGGAUGUGUUCCAUGUGAGAGAUCAGUUCGGCCACAAACUAACUGACCAGAACCUCAUUCACUACAUUCAACAGGCACUGGGUGCGGAAGGAAGAAGAGGGAAAGCCAGGGAGGUGGAAACGUGCCUCGGAAGGAUUGUGGGCGAGAUGUCCGUAUCAUCGACGGAGUACACCGCCGUAGAGAUGACGGCUUUGGACCGACCGGGACUAUUGUCGGAGAUCGCUGCGGUUCUCGCCGAUCUUGGCUGCCACGUGGUGUCGGUAGUGGCCUGGACCCACAACUACCGCGCAGCCUCCAUCCUCUACGUGGAAGAUGAGUUGAAUGGUGGCGGGCCCAUCUCGGACCCAGAACGUCUGUCCUACGUGGAGAAACAGCUGGAUAAUGUGGUUGGGGCCCACCACCACCAUCACCAUCACCAUCACCAUCACCAUCCGCUGCAGAGGAACUCCUCCAUGGGAGUGGAGAGGGGGUGGAGGAGGGCAGUCAGAAUGGCAACCCCCGUAGGAGGUCGAACCCAUAUGGAAAGGAGGCUGCACCAGAUGAUGUCUACGGUAGACGGUGGGGACUACGACUGCUGCUGCUGCUGCUGCUGUGGAGACGGAAUGACGCCGAAGGAGGAAGAAGGCCGCGGCAGCGUUAGAGGUAGGACGACUGAGGUGUCCAUAGAUAUAGAGAGUUGUAACGAGAAAGGUUACUCGGUGGUGAGCGUGAGAUGCAGGGACCGUCCCAACCUGCUCUUUGAUACCGUCUGCACCUUGACCGACAUGAAGUAUGCCGUCUUCCAUGCCACCAUCGGCUCCAAAGCCUCCCUCGCUGUUCAGGAGUACUAUAUACGUCACCUGGACGGCUGCACUAUGGAGUCAGAGACCGAGAAACGUAGAGUCGCCCAUUGUUUGGUCGAUGCCAUUGAACGGAGAGCUUCUCAUGGGUUGAGGCUGAACGUCUGCACUAGAAACAGGGUGGGACUACUUUCAAAUGUGACAAGGGUAUUCAGGGAACAUGGACUGUCAGUGACGAGUGCAGAGAUUGGUACACGUGGAGAAAGGGCAAUCGGGUCUUUCCAAGUUACAGAUGUAUCCGGAAAUGACGUGGACUCGAAGACGGUAGAAUUAUUGAGAAGAGAGAUCGGUGGAACCAUCAUCCUAGAGGUGGUACAGAAAAGCCCUCCUGCCAGGCUCAAUCGUGCUUCCUCUUCUUCUUCUUUUUGUAGUGGUAGCGGUAGCGGUAGUAGUAGCUCCGUGGAGCAGGGGCCCAGAUUCUCAAUAGGCGGCCUCCUUUGGGCUCAGCUCGAACGCCUCUCAAACAACCUCGGCUCCAUUAGACCUUCCUGAUCGAU